AUGGAUCAAAAUAAUGAUAGUGUCAUAAUGGAUAAGAAUAUAAAUCAGAAUAAUUUAAAAACUUUAAAAAUAGCUACUAAAAAUAUAAGAGGAAUAACAAAGAUUAUAAAACAAAUAGAUUGGUUGAAAUUCUGUGAAUAUAAAGACUUAGAUAUAAUUGGACUAACAGAAACCUGGGCAAAAGAUGAAAAUU